AAUUGAGAACUGCCCUUGUAAACAGCCACCCGCAGCUGUGAUGGAAAGCUCGGGAUUGAAGUGGCCUCAGGGUGAAGAGCCACCAUCAGGAGCUGGGCAACAGAAGAGUCACUGGCAGGCAGCAGGUCUAUGCUGGACCAUCAAGUCUUCAAAGUGAAAGGGUUUUGUCUACUGGAGAUGAAGGAGGAAUGGUGCAUUGAGCUUAAUGACUACUACAACCAGCCCAGGAUUACUGUUCUGCUGGAAGAGCAACUGUGCAUACAUUUAUCAAGGGUCUUCCAGGUGAUCAUCACGUAAAGUAUCCCCAACUGUGACCUGAAAGUCCUGUUUCAUCUUUGCCAGUGCUUUGCAUUUUCACCAUGGACUAGCCCACCAGUGCCAGAGCAAAGUGUAUGUACAUGUAGAGGAGUUGGCUUCCUUAGACACAACAGGAGCAGUUCAUCAACAUCUGAUGCCACUUGAGAGUUGAAUACCAAGCUCAAAAUCUGCCAUUUUCACCAGUCUGCAUUUGGAGUAAGUCUUCUUUUAAUGUCAGUCUUCUGACUGUUCCUGGAAUUGGCCUGAAGGACAAGGAAGCUCGUUCCUGUUUGUCCAUGGAGUUCCCAUUUUUUCACGGAAAGAUAACAAGGAAAGCCUGUGAAGAACUGCUGUGCAAGAAUGGAAAGAAUGGUAGCUAUUUAAUACGAGAAAGCGAAAGCAUGGAAGGAGCCUUGUGUCUGUGUGUUUUCUUUGAAGAACUCAUCUACACUUACCGUAUCUUCAGGGAAAAGCAAGGAUAUUAUAAAAUACAGACUUCUGAAGGUAUUCCAGAAAAGGUAUUCAGAACAUUAAAGGAUUUAAUAUACAACUAUGAGAAACCAAACCAAGGACUAGUAACAAAUCUUCGCUACCCAGUCCAGAAAACAAAGCCCCUACAAAGAAGCCAGAGGCUCAAGUUAGGAAAGGAUGACGUUUAUGAUGAAAUUGAUGAAAGUGACUACAUUGCUGUCUUACCCUGAAUGAUCUGUGAUCUGAUGAUUUGAAAAGCCACCUUUCUAGGCAGCACCACAGCAAAACAGGACAGCUGGGGAGAGUUAAUGGUUGGAUAUUCACAGCAGUGGAUCUAUACCUCUGGAAUUAGUGCCUUUUGGAGACUGUCAGAGCAACUGUAUUCUGCCUCAGUAGAUCCAGUACAAAAUACUGUAUAUUUUUGUGCAUUAUUAAGAGAAUUAUUUUUUUGACACAUGCAUACAUAUACAUAUAUAUGAGGGGAAAGGGGGUUGUGUGUGUUUGUGCAUUUUGUGUUUUUGUUUUGUUUUGUUUUUAGCAAACUCUCCAAGGUAUCAACUGCUGAAAUGAACAAUCUGUUAGAAAGCCAGCAAUGUGAAGACAAUAAAUGAAUGUGCUUGAAGCCCUAGUUUAUGGCAAAAAUGAUAUAUGUUGAUAAAAAUGAUAUAUCCUAAAAAUUUUAUUUGCAUCACAUGAUACUUAAAAACUGUUAUUUUGUUUGUGAUUCAUGUUACUUCAUUGUUGGAUAUAUGGGUAGUAGUUCAGCUGUGUUAAGGAAUACUAGUAUUAUCCUGCAGGUUGGAAUAAUCUAAAUUAAAACAAAAAGGUUGUUGUAAAUUCAUGCCUUACAAAAUUAAUCAGUAACAUGAAAAUGAUUUGAAAUAUUUUUCAUAUUGAUGAAUGGUUCUGGUUUAUAAUUAGAGGAGUGCAAGUUCAACAUCUGUGUAGUUAUGCACAUAUUUUUUUUUCCAAUAGGUACUGCAUACAUGAGAAUGCUUCCAUUUCAUUUACCACUGCCAUUAGCUGCCAUUACUGUUAUGUGUAUGGGUUUUAUUAUUUUUUAAUGUAAGCACUUCCUUUAAUCUUUAACCCCUUGCUUUAAAUAUUUAAUGUAUGUGUGUGUUCUGAAGGUGGCCUGUAACUGCCAGCUAAAGUCAUAACUGGAGUGUAUGUCCUGAUUCUUCCUGUUGCUAGCACCAACUCCCCCUCGGUCAGUAAUCUUGUGGAAGACAUUUAUAUUUUCUGUAUGUUUAAGAUCUUUCACAAAUGAUUUAUGCAUUCAUUUUAGUAGACUUGUUUCGUAUUAUAUGUCUUUUCCACCACUGUUUGUUGAAAGGAUUUUAGAUCCUUCAGUGCUUUGGACUUCACUGUGACCCUACUAAUGGUUUUUGGUGCCAGGAUAAAGUGGUACUUGUUGCAUGAAGGAAACAAAAACUAAGAAGAAAAACUAAUUCUCACAUUGUGAAAAGUAUUAAUAUGUGUCCCAAAAAAGGAAUUGAAAAAAAAACAAUUGUUCUUAAAAAACAGUACUAUUGGAGGUGGGGGAAAUCCUUCCCUCUCUAGAAGCACAUACACUGGUGUGUCUUCCCUACUUGGAGAAUUCAACAACUUGCCCAAUACUUGGUUAUCACAUGUAUCAGACUAAGCAGCUGCCAUGCUGAUAUCCAAACUAGUGCACCUUGGUCUUCAACGGUAUAAACACUGCAGUUUUUCUGUAAUGAGAGUCUCAGGAGUCCUCCAUGGGCUUUAUCAGUCGGACUUAUGAUCGGCCUUAGGAAAAGGCAAGCGACACCAGAUCCAGGACUGUGCUUCAUGACCCUGAUGGCGUGACUCCUGAUGCCUGAAGAGCUGACCAUGACAAUGGACUGGUCUGUGGCGCUUUUUAGCUGGCAACUGCUGUUUCACAUGCUGUACUGCAUGAGCGCUGAGUUAGUGUUACAGUGGCUGAGGCUCCAGACACUGCAUCUAUACCCAGUGGUACAUCCAGGCCCGUACAGCCACGACUUCCCUCCAAUGCCUAGAGCACUGUGCCAGGCAGCUGAAGCACAGACCCUGUGACAGAUCAACUACUUAAAGUUUGGAGCAAAGGCCCUGAAGAAAAGGAAAACGAUGUACAAUACACAGCUGUAUUUUGUAAGAAUAAAAUAUUCUGU